GCGAGAUUGACACCAUGAAGCACUACCACGGCGGUUUCGAGAAAAUUGACAGAGAAAUGAGCCGGUACCCGCACUGUAUCGUCUGGACACCGAUCCCGGUACUGACCUGGUUCUUGCCCUUCAUUGGCCACAUGGGCAUCUGCAGCUCCGCCGGGGUGAUCCGGGAUUUCGCAGGACCGUACUUCGUCUCAGAGGACAACAUGGCCUUCGGGAAACCAACCAAAUACUGGAAGCUGGAUAAGAACAAAGUGUAUGGUGGUGGAGCAAACGCCUGGGAUGUGGCCGUACAUGAAGCGUCGGAGGAAUACAAGAACAGAAUGCACAAUCUGUGUUGUGAUAACUGUCACUCUCAUGUGGCCAUGGCUCUGAAUCUGAUGCGCUACAACAACAGCUCAUCCUGGAACAUGGCUAACCUGUGCCUGCGCUUCCUCAUCCACAGCAAACACGUCAGCUUCGUGGGGUUUCUGAAGACCUGGCUGCCUUUCCUGAUGAUUUGUGGGGUCAUCGUCACCAUCGCCCUUGCCGUCAACCUGCGGUGACUGAUGCAUGCUGGGAAACGGCGCCGACAGGAGCAUCAAACACUGAGAGAUGCUGCACAGGAUUAACCCAAACUCAGGAUUAGCAAGAGUCACGGCUGUAAAACUCAAUCAAAUGUGAAUCUGCUGGAAUUACAGAGAGCGCUCCACACCUCACGACUCGCAGAUUGUGUGUACAUAUGUGAAUUACGGGGACGCUUUACAUUACAGGAGCUUCAACAGGAGAUAUCAUCAUAUCACACAUGCAGAAUAUCAGUGGCUUACAGUGAAGAAACGCUUCCCAUCGAGAUGAGCUGCAUUCGAAGAAGUGUGCACUCUGAAAUAUGAUGGGUUGUUUUAACACAAUGUUUGGUCAGAUAUGGACCAACCCAACUGUUGGGUUAAAAAAAAGAGCAGUUUUAAUUCAGUUAAAAUAAUUCAGCAUAUUUGACCCAAGGUUGUGUUUAUUUAUUGUUUAAAUAUAAAUGACACUUUUUAAACUCAGUGGUUGGGUUUUCCCAGUGUUGGGUCAAUUUAAUUAAAUUUAAAUGACACUUUUUAACUCAGCAGUUGUGUUUGUCCAUAUUUAACUCAAAUUUGGGUUAAUUUAUUGAAUUAUAUUUAAAUUACACCUUGAAAACUCAAUAAUUGGGUCAGUCUAUAUUUGGCCCAACGUUGGGUCAAUUUAAUUAAUUAAAUUUAAAUUACAAUUUUAAAACUCAAUAGUUGGGUUUGUCUAUAUUUGACCCAAUGUUGAGUCAAUUUAAAUGACACUUUUUAAACACAAUGGUUGUGUCAGUCUAUAUUUGACCCAACGCUGGGUCAAUUUAAUUAAUUCUAUUUAAAUGACACUUUUUGGUUGACACUUAAUGGUUGAGUUUGUUCAUAUUUGACCCAACAUUGAAUUUAUUUAGUUCAAUUUAAAUGACACUUUUUAACUCGGCAGUUGUGUUUGUCCAUAUUUAACUCAAUGUUGAGUUAAUUUAUUGAAUUAUAUUUAAAUUACACUUUUAAAACUCAAUAUAGUUUGGUCUGUCCAUAUUUGGCCCAACAUUGGGUCAAUUCAAUUAAUUAAAUUUAAAUUACAAUUUUAAAACUCAAUAGUUGGGUUUCUCUAUAUUUGACCCAACAUUGAGUUUAUUAAUUCAAUUUAAAUGACACUUUUUAACUCAGUGGUUGUGUCUGUCUAUAUUUGACCCAACAGUGGGUCAAUUUAAAAAUAAGUAAAAUUUUUAAACACAAUGGCUGAGUCUGUCUAUAUUUGACCCAAUGCUGGGUCAAUUUAAUUAAUUCUAUUUAAAUGACACUUUUUGGUUGACACUUAAUGGUUGAGCUUGUUCAUAUUUAACCGAACAUUGAAUUUAUUUAAUUAAAUUUAAAUACAAUUUUAAAACUCAAUAUAGUUGGGUCUGUCUAUAUUUGGCUAGACGUUUGGUCAAUUUAAUUAAUUAAAUUUAAAUUACAGUUUUAAAACUCAAUAGUUGAGUUUGUUCAUAUUUGACCCAUGCAACAUUGAAUUUAUUUAAUUAAAUUUAAAUGACACUUUUUAACUCAGUGGUUGGGUCUGUCUAUAUUUGACCCAACAUUGGGUUAAUUUAUUGAAUUAAAUUUAAAUUACACUUUGAAAACGUUAUAGUUGGGUCCGUCUAUAUUUGGCCCAACUCUGGGUCAAUUUAAUUAAUUAAAUUUAAAUUACUAUUUUAAAACUCAAUAGUUGGGUUUGUUCAUAUUUGACCCAACAUUGAAUUUAUUUAAUUUAGUUUAAAUGACACUUUUUAACUCAGCAGUUGUGUUUCUCUAUAUUUGACUCAACGUUGGGUUAAUUUAUUGACUGUAAUUUAAAUGACACUUUUAAAACUCAAUAGUUGGGUCUGUCUAUAUUCCACCUAACAUGGGAUUUGUUAAUUAAAUUAUAAUUACACAUUUUAUCUCAACAAUUGGGUUUCUUUAUAUUUGACCCAAUUGUGGGUCAAUUUAAUUAAAUUUAAAUGACAAGCGCAGUGAUUGGGUUUGUCCUUAUUUGAUCAGAAUUUAAGUUGAUAUAUUGAAUUAUUUAAAUGACACUUUUUAACUCAACAGUUGUUUUUGUCUAUAUUUGACCCUAUGUUGGGUUAAUUUGUUUUUAGUGAAUUUACAUUAUUUUAACACUACUUUUGUUUUUGUUUUUCAAAUUUGACCCAACAUUGAGUCAAUUUAUUAAACUCAAAUGACAAUUUUUAAACACUACAUUUGGGUUUGUCCAUAUUUGACCCAGCAUUGUGUUAAACAGCCCAGUGUUUUUUGAAUGUAAGCAUGGAAAUCCCCUUCGUGUUUUUGUUUUCCUUGUGUUUAAUCUGUUUCAGGAUGUUUACAGGAUGUUUAUAUCGUGCUCUUUUAUUGGGAGUUUCUACAUUUGGUUCAUUCCUUUUGAUUUUUAUGUCUUCAUUUAUAUUUUAUGACCAAAUACAAACGUAUAUCCAUGA